UGUUGUUGGAUGGACAUUGACUGACCUGCAAGUGUGCAUUUUUCGUCCUCAAACUGUCUACAGCCUCUCGAUAUAGCGACUCUCAACUAUCUCGUCCAUUUCUAAGACACGACAGACGAAAAGGACAGAACCGGAACAAGGCUCCGCCAACAAUUUCUACGACGAUGUGGGCACCGCAGCCGACCGAGGAGAGCUUUUUUCUCUUAGUGCUGGUAGUCAACAUACACCUCAAUGUACCUGAGUUGGACACACACCCACCAGGAGGACAGCGGACAUCCAUGUAUAGCCAUGCAGCCCGAUCCCUAUUCACCGGUCUCCCAGGUAUCUCCUAUGCAGCUGGUCCCGGGCUCUUCUUGCCUGACGGACCGCACACAGUCACAGCAACGAUAGCCUGCAAUUUCGUGCGUACCUCGUCCUCCCGGUUAAAAUACACAAACGCAUGACCCGUCGGCUUGCCCGCCUUGUCUGCGACAGGAAAUGAAGCCCGGUGGAUUGUCCCUGAUGCUAGCACAAGCUUAACACACAUACCUUUCACGAACUCGAAGCAGAAAGGAAAACUCCGGGCGACAUCGUAGCCUGCAAGCACGAAGGGCGGUGACACGAACCAAUUACAUGCGGUGUUCGACGGUGGCUGACCUUCGAAGAAAUACUCCAGAUCAGUUAUAGUGGCGGAGGAGGGAAGGCCCUGCCACACACGAAAACCACAAAGGACACAUUCGCAUAGCAGAUCCAGCCAGCUCUACACACGAUCCAUAUCCUUGCAUCGUAUUUCAUCAUACCCGCAGGCGCACCCUGGGUGGCCUCCUGUCAGCCUUCCAAUCCUUCGUGCGGCCAUACUGACUGAAGACCUUCUCCUGCCGCUCCCGCACCUCGACAUCAAGGUCAUCUGUCCGCCAUCUGUUCUUUUCCCUGAUUCUCUUCUUGUGCAGCGCCGUGCUGGGCGAGUCGGGCAACAUGCGGUCAGUGAUGCUUCUAACGGCAUCGCUUUGGAGGCGCGCUGAAAUGGAUGGCUGAGACCGCCGCGAAAGAACCACAGGAAGGCGCAGGCUGUGCCGAAGCAUGAGUCUUCAGACGACGGUUUUAAGGGCUGCGAG